UGUCCGAGGCGGCCGGGGCCCGCUAGGCGGGCGGGGCGGGCCGAGCCACGGCGCGCGGCCCUCUCCUGCGGGCCUCAGUGGCCUCAUCCGCGGAGUGGGCGCACAGGAGGCUCCCGCGCCCAUUGCGCGGAUGGGCAAACCGAGUCAACGGGAGGACGCCGGGAGCGCCGGGCCUGGGGUCAGAAAGACCUGGAUUCGAGUCUAACCCCAGCCUCUUACUACCUCGGUGACCCCGGGCCCGCCUCCGAACCGCCCUGUGCCUCGGUUUCCUCGUCUGUAAAAUGGGGGACACGCCAAUACUUGGCCCUGGGUAUUUUCCCUACUUGUGGAAGUAUAACAUAGCAUUCCUUUGUUCUUCCAGAUUCCAUUGUUAAGAAUUAUACCAAGUAAGUUGGUUGGAGAGGAAUUCAUCAUUUUUACAGCAAUUAUGAUUAAAAAGAUAUGAAUGAACAUCCUAAAAAAAGGAAAAGGAAGACGCUACAUCCUUCUCGUUAUUCAGAUUCUACUGGAAUAACCAAAAUUGCAGAUGGAUUCAAUGGCAUUUUCUCUGACCAUUGUUACAGCGUCUGUUCUAUGAGACAACCAGAUUUAAAAUAUUUUGAGAACAAAGAUGAAGAUUCUGAUACAGAGGCAUCAAAUGACUUGCCUAAAUUCACAGAAGGGAUUAAAGCAAGGAGCAGAAACCAGAAUCACCUGGUGCCCAGUCCUGUGCUCAGGGUCCUAGACCAUGCUGCCUUUUCUGCAGAGAAAUCUACUGAUAUUGAAAUCUGUGAGGAAUGUGAUUCUCCAGAGUCAGUUCGCCAGCAGACUCGAGAGGAGAGCCCCAUCGAAGUGCGCACAGCAGAAGACGUGCCCAUCGCUGCCGAGGUACAUGCCGUCUCUGAGGAUUAUGAUGUUGAGACGGAAAACCUGUCCUCCGAGAGCCUUCAGGACCAAGUGGACGAAGAGCCCCCAGCUAAGCUGUGUAAGAUUCUGGACAAGAGCCAGGCUUUGAACGUCACUGCUCAGCAGAAGUGGCCUCUGCUGAGAGCCAACAGCAGUGGCCUCUACAAGUGUGAGCUGUGUGAGUUCAACAGCAAGUACUUCUCCGACUUGAAGCAGCACGUAGUCCUCAAGCACAAGCGCACGGCCGCCAACAUCUGCAGAGUCUGCAAGGAGUCUUUCUCUACCAACACUCUGCUGCUCGAGCACACCAAAGUGCACGAGGAGGAUCCCUACCUGUGUAAGUACUGCGACUACAGGACCAUGCUCCUGGAGAGCCUGAGCCAGCACAUUGCCGACGCCCACUUCAGCCACCACCUGUACUGGUGCGAGCAGUGUGACCUGCAGUUCUCCUCCAGCAGCGAGCUCUACCUGCACUUCCAGGAGCACAGCUGCGACGAGCAGUACCUGUGCCAGUUUUGUGAGCACGAGACCAGCGACCCCGAGGACCUGCACAGCCACGUGGUGAACGAGCACGCCUGCCGGCUGAUGGAACUAAGUGACAAAGAGGGUGGCGCCGGCGAGCACGGCCACUACAGCCUCCUGGGCAGGAUCUCCUUCGACAAGUGCAAGAACUUCUUUGUCUGUCAGGUGUGUGGUUUUCGAAGUAGACUGCAUACAAAUGUUAACAGGCACGUGGCCAUCGAGCAUACAAAAAUAUUCCCCCAUGUUUGUGAUGACUGUGGGAAGGGCUUCUCAAGCAUGUUAGAAUACUGCAAACAUUUAAAUUCACAUUUGUCCGAGGGGAUUUAUUUAUGUCAGUACUGUGAAUAUUCAACGGGACAGAUUGAAGAUCUUAAAACUCAUCUAGAUUUCAGGCAUGCAGCCGACUUACCUCAUAAAUGUAAUGACUGCUUAAUGAGGUUUGGGAAUGAGAGGGAACUCUUGAGUCACCUCACAAUCCAUGAGACAGCUUGAUUGUUUUUUAGCAUCAUUUACAGAGUGUUGGUGUAAAAUAAUAAAUUGAUAUUAUUAGAGUUCUACAAUGGAUGGUUUUUAAUAAUGAUAUCGAUGAAGGGUAUAGGCAGCCAUAUUUAUUUAUUUAUUUUGGCAUUGAGGGUUGUUUUUUGGGGUUUUUUUUCUGGCUUCAGUGUAUAGAUUUUUUCAGCAUAUGAGGGCAUCUUAAAUGUGCUGCUGUCGGUUUUGUCCUCGGAGAUUCUGGGUUGCCUGCCAGUGGCCUGUGCUCUUAUGUAUCAAGGAGAGAAGCGGGAAAUAGGAGGCUUUGGGGUGGGAAGAGAAAGAGGCUAUUAUUGUCCUUUAAUAACUUUAACUGCCUCAGACUUUUUGAAAAUGCAAAAAGUAAGCAUAGUUCUUCAGUUAUCAGGCAUUUCUAUUGUAAAAAGUCAUUCAGGUACUUAAGUACCAGAGGGAUAGGCAGGAUGGAGGUGCAGUGUGUGUGUGUGUGUGUGUGUGUGUGUGUGUGUGUGUGUGUGUGUGCGCGCGUGUGUGCACAUGCACGCGCAUGCAUAUACCUUGUACAUAUAAUUAUGUAUACCUUAUAUGUGUAUAAUUAAGCUAUUUCUAGGUUGAGGACCCAAACCUCCUUAUUCUCCCCCAUAGCCAUCAUUCCCAAGGCAUUCAGACCUCCCUUCCAUAUCAAUCUAAAAGUAUAGAAAUGCUCUUAGCUGUGGUGGUAAGAAAUUAUUCUCUUUACUUAGUAGUUUCUUUAAAAAAAAAAAGAAAGAAAAGGAAAAAAUCACAUCUUUCUGCCCAAUUCCCCUGGCUAAAUUAAUUUUUAAAAGUUGGUAUAAGAUAAAGGGCAAGUUUUGUUUGGGUUGGGUUGGGUUGGGUUUUUGUUGGUUUGUUUCUUUUUCACUGGACCUGUAAUUUCAAAAGGGUAGAAAGCUUUGGACAGCUCCUCACAGAUACAAAUUAGCAACUUAUUUGUGACUUUUUAGGCAGUACCAAGAGAUACACUGAAACCCUAACAGAGUGUAAGUGUAACAAUACCUGAUAGUGGGGCAGCUAAGUGGCACAGUGGCUAGAGCACCGGCCCUGGAUUCAGGAGUACCUGAAUUCAAAUCCGGCCUCAGACACUUAACACUUAUUAGCAAUGUGACCCUGGGCAAGUCACUUAACCCCAGUUGCCUCACUAAAAAAAAAAAAAAACAAUACCUGAUGGUGAAAUGAAGAAAAUUUCACAAAAGACAUUGCAAAGGUACUUAAUUGGAGCUCAUAAAUCUUUGGCUGAAUGGUGGUAAACCUGACCAACAGCCCAGCACAACCAAACAAAUGGAUUUUGUGGUCUUCAAGUUCAACAUUGUUGCAGUUCACACAACCCGUAGUUUUUCCACACCAUAGUUAGCUCUUGGUAGUCACAACCUUUCACAAUCUAACUCCAUUUCUCAUCUAUUUCUACCUUGGUAAUGUGUCUUCUGGUUUUACCAUAUAUGGUACACCUACUUACCCACCUCUCAUUCCAAUAUCCCAGUGGCUUCUUAGAAUCAGGGGCUUAGUAUUUCAGAAUGUUAGUGAUAAAUCCCUACCCUAGAAAGCAAUGAACUGAGCCCCUUCAUACUGUAUUUCUUAGCCCAGGAAAAGUAAAGUGAUUUACCCAAAGUCAUAUCAACUAAAUGGCAAAAUCUGGCCUGCAAUCUGCAUUUCUUGCUAUACUUCCUCAUGUUCUUUGCUCAUCCCAACUAACUUUUCAUCAGUUUUGGUACCAUGGUUUCAUUCAUCCACCAUGUAUGUCCAGCCCAAUGAAAUUGAGUUGGAGGGAGCAGAACUUUAAUUUAAAAUGGACGUGAUAAUGCUUUAUAAUUUUUGCAUAGUGCAUUUGGGGCACAAACUAUGACUUUUUUGAUGAUCAGGUACUCGACACUGAAUAAGUGAGGUUUAGGUAGGUGAGCCCAGUGGAAAAGUCCUAAGAAGUAUGAGUAAACUUGUGUUAUACACUUUCUGAUGAGCCUAGAAUUGAGGUUCUCUUGGCAUCGGCCCAAUUUUCAGAUUUCAGUCUUUGACAGCAAACUGCAGAAAUAGCCUAAGAUGCAUAAGUUGCUUUCAGGUCUGUGGUUUUUACUGAGUAAAAUUAUUUGGGGAACCAUGCUUCCUUUCAUUUUUCUUCUAAAUGCAGACCUAAUUUUGACUGUGCUCACUUGUUCCUUGGCCACAUUUAUAUUCCAGGGACACAUGGUUGAUCAUGCUUUACAAAAGUCAAUACAAAAGAAUUCUAAGUAGAAUCUUGGCAGUAGAGGAGAACAGUGUAAUGUGCCUACCUAAACAGAACCUGGCUUAGCUUUCUCUCUCUUUUUCCCCCCACAAUAAAAUAGUGUAGGUUUGGGCUUUUUUAAAAAGACAUUUUAAAAAUUACAAGGGGCUUCUCCUGCACUCUGUGUGUGUUUGACAGUUAAGUUGUUAAGUCUCACUUUUGAUUAUUGUUGAUGGCUGAACCACUAAAUCCUUCUGAGUUCAUUCUCCUUAGCUUUAUUCAGAUGAUGCCUGAAUAGGAGCUUAUAGGCAGAUAGAUAACAUACUUCUUUUCUAAGCACCACACGAAAAUAAAGCACCAAAAAAAAAAAAUGCUCUAUAAAACCUCACAUUUCUUUCAGCGUUCUAUCAUCAAC